AUGUAUUUUUGCAGUAAAUAUAUUACAACCGGAUUAGAAAUGCCCGGAUAUAGUGGCGAUCGGUUCCCGGAGUUGUCGGCCGAAGACAGGGAAGAUUAUACGUGUAGUAUAUGUCAGGAGAUAUUCAACACUCCGGUCACCACAACCUGUUGUCGGCAAACAUAUUGCGAGGAAUGUAUUAAUAAAUGGCUUAAGACUAACAAUACCUGUCCUAAUGAUAGGAAGCCACUGACACAGAGUGAUCUGUCCCCACCAGCUAGACUGGUAAUUAAUUUAUUGGGCAAACUUAUGAUACGGUGCGACUACAGGGACCUCGGGUGUCAUGAAGUGGUUAAACUCGAUGAGUUGCCCAAACAUACAGUCAACUGUUGCUACAAAGUUCAGAAAUGUGUUAAAUGCGAGUGCGAGCAGACGCCGGGACACGACUGUAUCGUCGCAUUAUUGGCCGAAAACCGCGAGCUCAAAAAGAAGCUAGCUGCUGAACAAGUUGUAAACAAAGCGGCCAAAUAUAUGGACAAGGUCAAUUUGGACGCGAGUGGUUCAAAGCAAAUAGUGUGCGUGAAUGGACACCACGAGCUCAAACCGGGACACGACUGUAUCGAUGAUUUAAGGGCCUUAAAAAGCCAGAAUCAAUUGGAGAUUGAUGGGCUAAAACACGCGCUCGAUGCCGCUAAUUUGGCCUUGUUGAUAAACACACAGAAUUUAAGCGCGAGGGCAAAUGUCUUAGGAGUCAGCGGUGACAGGGCUUAUAUGACCGACGAUCAGAUACUGGCCGAGUGUAGGCGACCCGUGUCGGCACCGGAGCUGUUAAAUAACAAUAUGAAACCCAAUAUGAAAGAUAAAACUUUGUCUAUAAUCCGGGACGGGUUGGCUAAUCAGCAUAGUUUAUACCAUAUAUGUAAAUAUGUGUGCGAUCAGAUGGACCUGGAGUACGGCACCAGCUGGCACUGCAUAGCCUACGUAAGCAACGAGGGACAGGCUUAUUGUACGCCCAAUAAGCGUGAUUUAAUGAGGGUCAAAAUUGGUCCGCUCACUUUGCUUCUCAUCCACACUCAUACGGUGAGCGUGUCAAACCUGAAGGCCCGAAUCAGGCACAACAAAAUCGACCGCAACAUUAAGAUAUUGCGAUCGAAAAAGAUGAAUCAGAAAAUGAUUUCGGCGGUUAAGACGAUCACAUUUGACGCCAUCGAUCGGAAGGGCACGUUAGCCAACAUCGCCAAAGAGAUUACCGGCCAAAUGGACUUAGUGCAUAAACUGGGAGAUUACUAUCCCACACUUAUGCUGGGAGAUUAUUCUCCCAUUAUGUCUUCAGCACCGGUACCUACUCUUGGCUAUUGGGAGUGUAGAGGUAAGGGUCAGCCCAUACGCACACUACUGGCCUACGCGGGCGUCAACUAUACGGACAAACGCUAUAAAUUCAGUGACAGUGAGGUAUGGGUUAGGGAUAAGGCGGACACUUUGGGACUCGACUUCCCUAACCUUCCCUAUUAUAUUGAUGGGGACCUAAAACUCAGUCAAGCGAUGGCUAUAAUGAGAUAUUUGGGCCGAAAGUACGGACUCGUGGCCACCGAUGACCGCCAGCGGGCCCUACAAGACAUGUGCGAACAGCAGAUCAUGGAUAUGGCACAGAGUUUUGUUAUGACAAUAGUCUUUGCGGCCGAUUAUAAGACAAAAACUGCCGAUUACUUGAACACAACUCUUAAGCCACAGUUGGAUCUAUUGGUGAAGUUCUUGGCCGACAAACAAUGGCUAACCGGCGGACAGUUGUCUUACGUAGACUUCAUUGCUUAUGAAGUGAUGGAUUGGUUGAGACGAUUCACACCCGAGACUAUCGGCAAAUACCCGACUAUUGGCCAAGGUAAGGGUCAGCCCAUACGCUCACUACUGGCUUAUGCGGGCGUUAACUAUACGGACAAACGCUAUAAAUUCAGCGACAGUGAGGUCUGGGUUAGAGAUAAGACCGACACUUUGGGACUGGACUUUCCUAACCUUCCCUAUUAUAUCGAUGGAUACCUAAAACUGAGUCAAUCGAUGGCUAUAAUGAGAUACUUGGGUCGUAAGUACGGACUCGUGGCCACCGAUGACCGCCAGCGGGCCCUACAAGACAUGUGCGAACAACAGGUCAUGGAUAUGGCCCAGAGUUUUGUUAAAACAAUAGUCUUUUCGGCCAAUUAUAAGGCAAAAACUGCCGAUUAUUUGAACACAACUCUUAAGCCACAGUUGGAUCUAUUGGUGAAGUUCUUGGCCGACAAACAAUGUCUAACCGGCGGACAGUUGUCUUACGUAGACUUCAUUGCUUACGAAGUGAUGGAUUGGUUGAGACGAUUCACACCCGAGACUAUCGGCGAAUACCCGACUAUUGGCCAGUAUUUGGAUCGCUUCGAGGCGUUGCCGGCAAUAAAUGCAUAUCAAAACUCUGCCCAGUAUAAUCCUAAUCCAAUUAUUGGCCAUGGUGAUGGUUGGAAUUUGUAA